CUGAGGGGAGAAGCUCUGCGGCGUGCACCCAUUCAUUCAUCAUGGUGGAGAAAUUCUUAGGGACCUGGAGGAUGGUGGAAAGCAAGAAUUUCGAUGACUAUAUGAAAGGGCUUGGUGUCGGCUUUGCCACUCGACAAAUAGCAAAUGUCACCAAACCCACAACUAUAAUCUGCUUAGAAGGGGACUAUAUUGUGCUGCGGACACAGAGUGCUUUCAAGAACACCGAGGUCAAGUUUAAGCUGAAUGAAGAAUUUGAUGAGACCACAGCAGACGAUCGCAAGGUUAAGUCCGUGGUGACCUUGAAAGAUGGCAAACUAAUUCAUGUGCAGAAAUGGGAUGGGAAGGAGACCACCCUACUAAGAGAAGUCGAUGGUGACAAGCUUGUCUUGACCCUUACCCUGGGAGAUGUUGUCAGCACACGUCACUAUGAAAAGGCCCAAUAACUGGUCACUUCUGUGUAACACCCUUGUUUUGUUCAGUUCAGAGUUGAAUGUCUUCAUAACAACCUCAACCCCCUUCCUUGCCCGUUUCCUCUUGCACCAAAUGGGCUCAGCAGUAUUAGAAACCUUUGUGAGAUCUCAAUGCAGCAUUUUGUUAUGGACCUGGUAAGUUACUUCUAUUACAGUGCCAAAGACUACUGCUUCCAGGAUCUUGGGGUAUAAACGAGCUGCAUGGAUACUUCCUGGGACACUCAACAAUUUCAUACUGUUGCUAUUUAUGGCUUGUGAUAUCUACUGCCUCCCUUUCUAACCUUUUUGUUUCACCUGAAGCUCAUGUUGCUGGCUGUAUGGCAAUCUGUCAAUGGAUAUAGUGCACACAGGCAUAAUUUUAGAUAAAAUAAUUAGAAGAGAUGGCCAUCUGUUAAUGUGCUCAUCCUUAGGCCUCUUUCACACUACAGUUUUUUGCGUUCCGUAUACGGUCCGUUUUUUGCGUUCCGUAUACGGAACCAUUCAUUUCAAUGGUUCUGCAAAAAAACAGAAUGUGUUCCGUAUGCAUUC